AUGCGCUAUAUUUCAGUUUCCAGGCCCACUGUGGACACUGUGAGCAUUGAUUCAUCCCAAGCCCAUAAUUUCCUCACACACUCACGACCCCAGCGUAAUGCUGACCCCAAGUGGUACCACAAGGACCCUAACUUCCAGGCCUACUACCGUUUCUACAGCAGCAUCGGCCAUUCCGAGGGGCUCUACGAAGUUGACAGGAUCCGAAUGCUGUACCAGCAAAUGCGGCAUCUAGAGCACGUCUAUGGCCCUGAUGCAUCUAAAUACCAGAAUGCUCUUGGGCUCCGGCUUCCCAAGACCACCCAAUCUCUUUUGCCUCGCCCAGCCACGAAGCCCCCGCCUCCAGCCCAUACCAAGCCUCCAGAUGUUACGCACCUCUGCAAUCCCAAAGACCCCCUCUGUAAGCCUCAUAUAGUGUAUCUACCCUCUGGGGCAAUUCCUGUUGCCUGUGAUCCACGCUAUCACCCAGGGUGUAAACUCGGGGCAGCUCCUGCUCCACCCAUGCUGACCUAG